AUGAUAGGAUUUAGAACACCGGUCAAAAAGGCCACCAAAUCUCCGUCAAAAGACACGGCUAAGAGCCCGAACAAAAGUGUCAGAAGGAGCAUUGACAAAUGGGAAGCGGCUAGCGGGGAUGUUACUCAGACUUUGAUCCCCACAGUCAUCCCAACAACAUCGCAGGCUGGGCCUGCAGGAGUUCCACCCCAAACAAGACAAGCUAUCCCAAACUCGGUGGAAAAAGGCCCGCAGCGGAGAGUAGCGGAGGCCAGGGCUCUGCUUGAGAAAGCAAAGGCCCAAAUGAAGUUGUCAGGGAAUAUUAAAAGGGAAAUAAAAGCCACCGUCCAGGAAGUAAUUGAACAAAUGUAUAAUAUAGUGAAGGAAUUGGCAAAGGACUUAAAAACAGAACAGGAUAGAAAAGAGAGUUCCGGGAGGGUGGUGCCUGGAGCAACUGCUUCAGACACAACCUUCACGCUGGAUGAGGAGCAAAACCGGCCUCCAAACACAACGAGAGAAAGAGAGGUAGACGAAAGGAGAUGGACGAAUGAAGAAGAAGCUCGAGAGAUUAAAACUCUCAUACAACGAAAUACCUUGUUGCUAGAGGAAAACACAGCAAAAAUGGACGAGCUGAAGGCCUCGAUGGAGACCCAGCGGGAAACCCUAGAGAGGGUGGCGACGACCGCGACGUACGCAAGCGUAGCGGCGGCGGCCCCAAACACGGCGCAGGGUGCAGGACCAACCUCCAGGAGAGGUACUCUGCACUCGGUGGUCGUAACCUCGACGGACGAAACCGAAACGGGAGACGAGGUCCUCGGCAAGAUAAGGAAAGCGGUGGACGCCAAGGACGGGUGGAUCAAGGUGGAAAGGGUACGGAAAGCAAAAGAUAGGAAAAUCAUAAUGGGGUUGGCAACUAGGGAGGAAAGGGAAAAGAUUAAAGAAAGGCUAGCGAAAGAGGGAACUAAUCUCGUCGUCGAGGACGCGAAGAAUAAGGACCCCCUUCUGGUCCUUAGGAGUGUCCUCACUAUAAACUCCGACGAGGAUAUAGUGAGGGCUCUAAGGAACCAGAACAAGGGAAUUUUCCGCGACCUCGAGGAUGAAGAGAACAGGGUGGAAAUUAAAUACAGAAGGAGGACCCGAAACCCACAUACUUGUCACGUUGUGGCCUGUGUCUCUCCCAUAAUAUGGCAGAGGGCGACGGGGGUGGGAACCGUCCAUUUGGACCUCCAACGCGUAAGGGUGGAAGACCAGACGCCAUUGGUGCAGUGCACUCGCUGCCUGGGCUUCGGCCACGGCAAGCGAUACUGCACUGCAGCAGCGGACUUAUGCAGCCACUGCGGUGGUCCCCACCUACGCUCCGAGUGUGCUGACUGGCUCGCGAGAGUCCCUCCGAAGUGUCAAAACUGUGAAAAGGCCGAAUUGGAAGACACAGAGCACAACGCGUUCAGUCUGCUUGCACAAGCUAACCUGCAGCGAAAGAAACUUGCCACUGAGGAGCUCUAUGCAGAGGCGAAGCAGCGAGGUAUCGCUGUCGCGCUUCUCCAAGAGCCCUAUGUAGGAGGGGCAAAAGUGACAAGAAGCUACAAGGGAGUACGAAUCUUCCAGGGCACUGGCGCGGGGGAGGGAACAGUAAAGGCUGCGAUCGCCGUCUUUGACGACGACAUUAAGGUAACACAAUACCCGAAACUCACCACCGACAAUGUUGUAGCAGUGAGCAUCCAAACCAGUGCCUGGGAAGUCGUACUCGUUUCCCUGUAUCUUGAACCAGACCAACCCAUGGAACCCCACCUUGAGCAACUUGAGAAAGUCGCAAAAGAACUAAAACCGCAGAGGUGGAUAAUAGGAGGAGACUUUAAUGCGAAAAGCACCUGGUGGAGUAGCCCUGUAGUCGAUGGCAGAGGGGAACAGCUGGCCACUACACUGGAUGAGCUUGGCCUGAACAUACUCAAUAGAGGGAAUACUCCAACAUUCGACACCGUGAGAGGCGGCAAACACUACACAAGCUAUGUUGAUGUAACGGCCUGCUCCAUUGACAUACUGGACCUGGUAGACGACUGGAGAGUUGAUCAGGGGCUGACAAGCUCGGACCACAACGGCAUUAUAUUUAAAGUCAAGCUGACAAAACUGGUUGGCAUAACGGUACAAAGGACAACAAGGAAAUUCAACACUAAGAAAGCCAAUUGGUCUGAGUUUUAUGGAAAAUUCAGAAAAUUGCUGCAAGAUCACAAAAUAGUAAAAUCAGAAAUAGAAAGCUUAAACAACAAUAUAAAAAUAGAAAAAGUAGUAACAGAAUUUAACGCUGCAAUAGAAGAAGCCUGUAUAUCGUCUAUGCCUAAAAAGAAAGUCAAACAACAACUUACAUUACCGUGGUGGUCCGAGGAACUCGCCAAAAUGAAAAAAGGGGUCGCUACCAGGAAGCGCAGGAUAGGGUGUGCUGCCCCAGUCCGGAGGUCAAAAGUAGUAGAAGAGUACGCACAAUACAAAGAAGAGUAUGAAAGGGCAGCGGCAAAAGCGCAAGUGGACAGUUGGAAGGACUUCUGCCAUAAACAAAGCAGAGAAGGGGUCUGGGAGGGCAUCUACCGGGUAAUUGGAAGAACCGCACGCAGGGAAGAGGACUCACCGCUAGAGAAGGAUGGAGUAGUGCUCGAUGCGAAGAGUUCAGUGCGCCUGCUAGCGGAAACUUUCUACCCCAAGGACUGUACCACUAGCGACAAUGACUACCAUCGUCAAGUGAGGGAGAGAGCCGACAUUGUGAACGACGGGGAGCAAGAUAACACUUGCGAACCCUCGUUCACAAUGGCGGAACUGAAACGUGCGUACGACUCCUUCAACCCAAAGAAAGCCCCAGGGGAGGACGGCUUUACCUCUGAUAUUUGCCUUCACGCCAUAGAAACGGACCCAGAGACGUUCCUUGCACUGCUUAAUAAAUGUUUAAGCCGAGGAUACUUCCCUAGGGCUUGGAAAACCGCAACGGUGGUGGUCCUCCGAAAGCCUGGUAGAGGAGACUAUACAACGCCCAAAUCGUACAGGCCAAUAGGACUGCUUCCGAUCAUGGGUAAAGUGUUUGAGAAGAUGGUGGUGAACAGGCUAAAGUUUUACUUGCUGCCCCAAAUGAGUGAUCGCCAAUACGGGUUCAUGCCACAGCGCAGCACCGAGGACUCCCUUUAUGCCCUAAUGAAAUACAUACGAAAGAAAUUAGACUCUAAAAAGAUCGUAACACUAAUAUCACUGGACAUAGAGGGGGCCUUCGAUGGUGCUUGGUGGCCGGCUAUCAGGUCCCGGUUGGCGGAAGAGAAUUGCCCAGUUGAACUGAGACGCGUAAUCGAUAGCUACCUCACAGACCGAAGAGUAACAGUUAGAUACGCGGGAGAGCAAUACAGUCUGGACACCACCAAGGGAUGCGUACAGGGAUCGAUAGCGGGCCCCAUUCUGUGGAACUUGCUCUUGGACCCACUACUUAAAAGUUACGGGCAAAGGGGCGACUACUGCCAGGCAUUCGCAGACGAUGUCGUACUUGUCGUUGAUGGGAAUACCGCUCUGGAAAUUGAAACGCGCGCAAACGCUGCUCUCGACCAUGCUCGGGAGUGGGGUGUCAGUAAUAAGCUUCGAUUCGCACCGCAUAAAACUAAUGCAAUGGUAAUUACACGGAGGCUCAAGUAUGACACCCCUCGACUGAGUAUGGGCGGAACCAGCAUCGCCAUGGUAAAAGAGAUGAAAUUACUUGGUGUAACCAUCGACGACAAGCUGACUUUUAACAGCCAUGUUUCGAAUGUCUGCAGGAAAGCGAUAGCAGUCUAUAAACAGCUAUCUAGGGCUGCCAAGACAGACUGGGGGCUCCAUCCUGAAGUCGUAAAAAUAAUAUAUGUGGCAACCGUAGAGCCCAUCAUACUGUAUGCCGCUAGUGUUUGGGCGCAUGCUGCAAACAAAUUGGGUGUCCAAAAGCAGUUGGCAGUGGUGCAACGCGGAAUGGCGCAGAAGAUAUGCAAGGCAUACCGCACCGUGUCCCUCAACUCGGCGCUGGUUCUGGCGGGGAUGCUCCCUCUUGACCUCCGAGUCCGAGAGGCGGCUUCGUUGUACGAAGCCAAGAAGGGAGAGUCUCUGCCUGCCCUGUGGCCUGGAGAUAGAGAGGUGGAACAAAUGGCAUCCGCAACUGAAAUGCCUCAUCCUGCGGAUCGCGAAGAAUUGAGGGUGGUUCGCCUGGUGAACCAAGACGAUGUGAACUCGAACAGUGAGUUCGAUGUGCGAAUAUUUACCGAUGGCAGCAGGCUUGAGGGCGGGGUUGGAGCCUCACUUUCUAUUUGGAAGGGAGAAACCGAAACCAAAGCCCACAAGCUUGCUCUAUCGAGAUACUGUACGGUUUACCAGGCGGAGCUCCUUGCCCUGUGCAGGGCCACUAGGGAAGCAAAGAAGUAUGCCGAGAAAUCGUAUGGAGUCUACAGCGACUCUAUGGCAGCCCUUCAAACAAUACAAAACCACAGUUGCCUUCACCCCCUCGCUGUAGAGGCCAGAGAGAAUUUAAAAGCUAUGUCUCUCCAGGGUAAGGUAGUCACCCUACACUGGAUUAAAGCUCACGCAGGGUUAGAAGGCAACGAGCGGGCAGACGAGUUGGCGAAAGGAGCAGCAGUAGGCUCCAAACGAAAGCCGGACUAUGACCAAUGCCCGGUUUCAUUCGUCAAGCGUAGCAUUCGCAUGUCGACGCUUGCCGAAUGGAAUCGGAGGUAUAAGUCUGGCGAAACGGCUUCCAUCACGAAGUUAUUCUUCCCAGAUGCAGUGGCGGCUUAUAGGGUGACAAGGAAAUCAGAGCCAAACAACCUAAAGACGCAGUUGAUGACGGGACACGGUGGAUUCUCUGAGUAUUUAAACCGCUUCAAGUGCAAGGAGAGUCCAUCGUGCGUCUGUGACAACAAUACGCAAGAAACGGUGCCACAUAUAAUAUUUGAGUGUCCAGUUCAUGAUAGUGAGCGCUUUGAUAUGGAGCAAAAAAUUAAAAUUAGUAUAACUGCCGACAAACUACACAACAUAAUGGCUAGUGCGGAAAUGGACCAAUUUAUAGAGUUCUGCUUAAAAAUUAGGUUAAACACCUUCAAACAGCCGUCUACAGCCUCACAGGACAUCGGUAUCGCUACUUGCGAUACAUCGCCGGAAGCGCCUCAACGAGCCCCACAAUUUGACACCCCGCACGCCUCCGGGCGACACACCGUUGGAGCACAAAAGCCAAAAAAACAAAAAACACGUGGCGGCGUGGUCGAAGAUCCAGCGGUGUUCGGCUGA